AUUUCGGUACUCUCAGUCUCGGUUUGAACUUCAAAAUGUCUGAGAGAUCUCCUUUCAAUGUAAGCUUUUCCCCCACUAAUUGUUCAAAGUAUCGAGGAAAAAAGAGUGAAGAAUGGAGCCCACGAAGUCAAGAAAGCGAGCCAGACCCGUGCUUCGAUUCCGAUGAAGAGAACUACGAAUCAAAUAUGACCUCUAUUAGUUCCGACUGCAGCUCUGGGUUAAGUUCAUUCGAUUCGCCUCUUCCGUGGGCUGAAAAUUCUUCAUUCUCAAACCCUUCAACCUCGAAAAGUCUUGUUUUACAAUCUCGAGGAAACAAAGGUCACCACGAGGGAAAGGAACGGACAGAAUGGGCGGGCGAAUAUGUUCACCGAUCGAAUUCACUUGUGAUCGGAAAGCGUUCACGCGCCAUUGGUCUAAAAGAUAUGGAUUUGACAGGAAAUAUUGCCGCAAAAUAUAUUCGAGAAGCGAAGGAAGCAAACAAAAGUCCUUCGAAGAAACGCUUAUUUAGCCCUCUCUCCAAACAAAUGUCUUGCCCGACGUUUAGUACACCCUUUGAUGGACUGUUUCAUAGACAUGAGGUGACUGGUAGAGCCAGUCAAACCGGUAAGGCUAGUCACACCAGUUUGGGCCGGGUCUUGAAUUUGGAAUUGGACUCGCAAACAAAAUCGCCUUUAGUUGACAGCUCAGCAGAGGAGAUGUCACUUAAUUUAAGGACUCAUUCUGUGAAACUAUUUAGUUGUGCUGAUGAGAAAGGCAUCCCAAAGGAGGAAUUUGACCAUGAUUGGUGGGAAAGAUGUAAAAGAACAAAUACUCCAGUUGCUACCCAAAGUAGCAAUGAACUCUUUCCAACAUUUGCACCAAAAGUGAUGGAAUUCAUUGAUCUAACAGUCAAUGAUGAGCUGUCUGAUGGUGAAGCAAGUAAUACAAACAGGAAUUCAGAACAUGAUGGCAUUGCUGAGAAAGCUGGAGAUGUAUGUGUGCAAAAUACAAGUCAUCAUAGCUAUCCACCUGUCUCUGAAAAAGUGUCCAUGAAGAAGCAAGUAUUCUCCUUUAGUGAUGAUGAAGAUAGUGAUUCUGGCACAAAAUGCCAGUUAAAAAGUGACAAGGAAUCUUCAGAAGAGUCACUUUUAUCUGAUCCAGCUCCUCAGAGAAAGAGCCAUUCCUUGCAGGGAUUUGUAAAGAUGAGUAUGGUUUUCUUUUUAUGUGCACUGUUACUCUCAGUAUAUCUGCACGCUAACCCUCAUGGUUUUUGUCUGGAUAGUGAGUUCACCAACAACAUUUCUGGAAUUGGGUCAGCACUUAAGUCUGAAUUGUUUGGUCAACAUAUUGCUCAGAAAAUUGUCACUGCAGCACUCAAGAAUCACUUCAACUCCAAAAACAUUAGGAAGCCACUUGUAUUAGCAUUUCAUGGGUGGACUGGAAUUGGGAAGAACUUUGUUAGCAAUAUCAUCACAGAACAUUUUUUCAAGCGCAAAACCAAUAGCCCAUUUGUGCACAAGUUCAUCAUUCCACUUCACUUUCCCCAUGAAUCAGAAGUAGAAAUGUACAAUCAACAGUUGUUCAAGUGGAUCAGAGGAAAUGUCUCACAUUGUCGGAAGGGAGGUUUGUUUAUAUUUGAUGAAAUGGACAAAAUUCACAUUGGCAUGAUGGAUACAAUCAAAGCUGUUCUUUUAGAUUACCAAGGCAAGAAAGUAGAAAGUGGUCAUCAGAAUGUGAUCUUCAUUUUUCUGUCUAAUUCGGGUGGUGAGGCUAUUAAUCAGCAUGUAUUAAGGCAUAUCCUUGAUGGAAAACUGAGAGAAUCUCUCACGCUAAGUGAACUGGAAGUCAUUUUUCAUGACAUUGCAAAGAGGAUACCAAAUAUCUGGUUUGCAGACCUGCUGAAAUCGGAAGUUAUUGAUUACCUUGUUCCAUUCCUGCCUUUGGAGAGAACACAUGUAAAGCAAUGUAUCAGACGAGAACUUGUCAAGAAAGGGUAUGAUGCAAAAGAGCCCUUUAUUACAGAAAUUGCUAACCAGAUGGAUUAUUUCCCAGAAAGCCACCAGUUUUUUUCUGUAUCUGGGUGCAAAAAAGUUUCAUCCAGAGUUGACGUGAUUAUGGAAUAAAAAUUGUUUGGUUGCAGUAAGGGUCUUUUAGGCGACUCUACAGACUAAUGCAGGGAAUGUUUUUCACAAUCAGAGAAGAUAAAAAUGACAGUAGUAUUGUUAAAGUAGCACUGAUGUGUUAAAAAUGUGUUGUAAUUGUACCCAGUUGAUCCAGUUUUAUUUUUGGCGAAGAUGCAUUGUACUGAUUUACACACCCUAAACAGAACAUUUUCUGCAAACUUUUUGGAUUUUUUGGAUCAUUUGAGUUGCAUUAAGAUGUCAAUCAACAUGUAUUGAAGCACUUGAGUUUCUCUAGAUCUAGAGAGAAAAUGAUGUCAAUAAUGUUUUAUGUGUGAACUCUUCUUGAGAUCUGUUUGCUUGACAAAGUACUGAUAAUGUAAGAGGAAGUCUCUAAUGGGAGUCUUAGGUUUUUAAAAUAUAUUGCAGACACUAGGGUUGACCACUCUGCCAAAGGAAUUGCUUUAACAAAGUUUUGCAAAGUUUGAAAUUUUCUCGACAUUGUGUAUUUUGUGGAGUUUAUCAUUUUAAAGGCAGAGCUGGGUUGUUCAAAGUUGGAUUAAAGUAACCCAGGGUUAGUGUGUAAUCUGAUUUCAGAUCUUAAAGAAAAUUUACUAUAAUUCUUUCUGUUUACAAUCUGAUAACUGGAUGCUUUAAAAAGAAAAGAGAAAUGAUCGCAAUGAAAGGCUUUUGAACAAAGGAAUAAGAGACUGAAUUAAAAUUUAACCUCGUGUUAGUGCUGUUUGGCCUUUGAACAAUGGGGCCCAGAUUUAAAAUUCAACCCUGGGUUAGCACUAAUUAACCUUCAAACAACUGGGCCCUGAACAUUUGAUGUAAGUCAUUUCCUCCUCAAACUACUUGUCUGAUCAUCAGUUUUUUUGUAAUGUACCAGCCUAAGAGUAGUUUAUGAAAGUUGUAAAAAAAACUAUAGAAAAAAAAAUUACACUUCUACUUCUUCAUUUGAGGAAAAUUGAGUGCCAUGUGUUGUCAUGU